UCUUAACUUGUAUUUGAAGUUCAAGUUGAACUGUCUUUGCAAAUUACAAAGGUGUUUUCCUGGAGCUGAAGUCUAGUGGCUGGGAUGGUGACAAGAGAUUGUAGUCCUUAAAUUUGAUUAUCUGUGAACAGCAUAUGCUUAGUAAAGAGUGUUUCCUGGGUUUUAGUUCUUGUUCACCCUGUUAGAGUUAACUGCCUGUUAUCCAUGCAGACUUUUCUGAAGGGUUGAGUAUUACCUUUACAAAAACACAGAUAAGCCCCAUUCGUUACAGAAGUUGAUUCAUAAGAAAUGUAAAUGAGUGUGGAUAGUCAGAGCUGAUGCAACCAGUUCUAUGGAAGCCAAUGAAGCUGCACGAGUUUGCAUGAGUGGCAAAUCCCUCUCCCUGACCAGUGCCAGUCUCCUGUACCGAUGGACAAGAUUCUGCCUGGCUUGUUCGUUGGCAACUUUAAAGGGGAUGAAGUAUCUGUGCAUUCCUGCUGCUGACUCACCCUCGCAGAACUUGGCAAGGCAUUUCAGAGAAAGCAUCAAAUUUAUCCAUGAGUGCCGGCUUAGAGGUGAAGGCUGCCUAGUUCAUUGCCUUGCAGGUGUCUCCAGGAGUGUGACAUUAGUGGUUGCCUACAUCAUGACCAUCACAGACUUUGGUUGGGAAGAUGCACUGUCUGUUGUCCGCGCAGCGAGAUCCUGUGCCAAUCCUAACAUGGGCUUCCAGAGGCAGCUACAGGACUUUGAAAAACAUGAUGUUGAUCAGUUCAGGCAGUGGCUGAAAGAAGAAUACGGGGAAAACUCUUCUCAGGAUCUGCAAGAAGCCAAAAAUCUUCUGAGUAAAUAUAAAGAGCAGGCAGAGUUGCAGCAGAGUACUGGAGGAAGACAGUGGAAUAACAACUUCUCAUCUGUGCAGUCUCUCUCAUACAGUAACUACACAACAGAGACCUAAUUGUAGGAGGUUGAUUUUUUUUUUUUUCUUUCUACCUUUGAAAAACAUCUUGCCAUAAUUUCCAUCCCAUCUUCAGGACUCUCAGCAGUAAUCCUGCAAACAAUUGAUUUAUCGAAAGCUUCUUGAUAAAAAUACUGCAUUAUGUGUGUGUGUAUGAGUGUGUUUCACACAGUUUUACAAUAUGGGCAGGAUCAAGUUCUCUGUAUGCCCAGGGACAUGAUCCAGUUACUGUGGCUGAGCCAGUUAGCCAGCCACAGCUAGCAUCGCCUUAGGCCCACAUUGCCUGGCAUUUGCUGUGAGGUUAGCUCAACUCCUUUCAUUGGAGGCUAGCAAAGGGCUCUGAGAGAUAAAGUCUGGUGAUUCAAGCUGUGGCAGUUUGACGUCUCUGCACUAUUAAUGUGGCAAAGAUAUUAUUGCACCUGGAGAACUCAAGUCUGUCUCUGCUGCUCAGGUUCACAGUCCAUUGACAAGUAAUACUGCGGAGGUGGGCUUGAACUUGAAUGCUAGGCUGCGAACUGGAGUAGGUGAGAUAUGGGUACAUGUACCUUUCUACCAACAGUAGCAUCUAGGAGAGAAGUGGGACAGACAGCUCUGACUAAUAACAUCUUCAACUGCCACAGUUGUACUUGCUUCAGUACACGUGAGACAGAGUUGUUGGUAGAGCUGCCACAGACCAAGAGCACCGAGACUUACCACAGCUCAGCUGAUGUGCAGUGAUUUAAGCCGUAGUCCCUUGAUUGAGCAUCUUGUCUCCCAACAUAAGCUUCUCUGGAGAAUAGUUUAUCAGGUCUCCAGUGCUGCUGAACUUCAUUCUCUGUGGAACACGUGCCUCUUAAACACACGCCCCUGCGCACAUGAUAACGUGUCUCCAAAGAGUGGGCUCGGUGUGAGUGCGAGCACCUGUUUUUCUUUGCUUGUGCUGUGGUUUGCUCUUUGACUUCAGCUACCUCAAAAAUGCUGUUCUCGUCAUUGUGGUUGUAAAUGCAACCUUGAAAAUUGCCUUGUGUAAUCUUAAUCUGACACUGAGUGAAGUAAGUGGGUGCGUGUGUGUGUGAGAGUGUGAGUGUGCAUGUGUAUUCCACAAAUGUCUGUAUUUGAGGAGUUUAUUGCUUUCUUUCAGGACUGCCCAUAUUUCUCACUGGUUUAAAAACUGAGUUGUUUGAAUUCAACUUUCUGCCAUUUUAAAAGCACUAUAUGUUUUGCUGUGAUCAGAUUUGUAGGAAUGCAUUUGUAAAAUAUGUGUUAAACUAGCUUAAAACUAGGGGCCAUACUCUGCUCUUGGCAACAUUGUGUGUUUCUGGAAUGGAGCCAUUGCCUGACUCAAGUGUAUUCUAAAACUGUAAUUUCAAAUAUGUCACCAGGAAUGCUGGACAGCAUAUUGACUUCUGAUGGUGUAAUGGCAGUUGGCACUGAUGCCAAGAUCAUGAUUUCUUGUCUUUGACUCAGAGGUUGGAAGGCCUAUUUUUCUUGAAGAUUUUAGAAAAUAAAAAUACUUCCCAAACAGCCAGGAUAGAAAAACAAAACCAAACCCCUCAUUUGUUUAAAUGUGUAUAUCACACUAAAAGCUAUGCACUGGGUGAGAAGCAGUCGGCACACUAAAUAGACUGUUGUCUCUUUCAAAUUCUUCGUACUUUGACCUCCCAUCCCUUCACAAGAUUCUUCUUCAUGUGAUUUCCUGCUUACUUUGCGUGACAGUGAAUUCUUUGGAUGGGAGCAAGGCUUUUGGGGUCAAAUAAACUCUGGCUGUUAAAUAUCUGUUGCCAAGUAUGUAUAAAAAAUGUUAUGGCUUGUGAAAUAUGGAUCUUGCAUAUUAAUAAUUGUCAAAAAGGAAAAAAAAGGGAAUGGGAUGGAACUGGCCUGACCAUUUGUUUCAUCUGAGUCCAAGGCCUGCAUCAGGGUUUUCAUUGCACUAAGUGCUCUAAGUGUACUGAACACGAGAGCAGGAUAAUCACGUCUGUGUUGCAGUAAGAGAUGCUGUUGCAUUUGGAAAGGUGCUGGAAUUGACUUUGUUUUCAAGCUUGUAGCUAAAUGAAUGAUUACCUACUUAGUAUAUCCAGCAACUGCUCUGUGUUUGCCUGGUGAGAGUAGCCUUCUGCUCUUGAAGAUGCUGAUGUCCAAAUAAUUGGCUGUUCAGGAAUUCCAGCACAGCAGUGCCCAUGUUGGCAGUCACCUCUGUGCUCUGAGGGCUGAUGUGGUAAUUGGAAAAGACUUUGCUCGGUGACAGGGUCUGACACGUGUUCAGGAUUCUGUUCCUGAACCCUCUACUCAUAAUAGGAUAUGUAGUGCAACUUCAGCCUGUCCCCAAAGGGCAGCUUUGUCAGAAGCAUUCUGCUUGUGCUCUUGCAGGUAUCUAGUCCGUCCAUUCUGUAGCUGACUGCCAACACUAUGUAUUCCAUAACACGUGGCACUCUUGUCCUUGCGGUAGUAAGCUUGUGAGUGCUGGUAAGUUGGCAAUUCUUUUUUCUGUUGUGACAAAUGCAAGGUAAAAUGGGAGACAUCUGUUAAUGUUUGUGUGUCCAAGAUUAUUCUGUACCAGAUUUUUUAAAAUAGCUUGUUUUUUCCCAAAGAAUCAGUCUCACAAUUAGAAUUUUUUUAGAGCUGAAUUUGGCUUUAGGGCCAUAUAGCCACAUCAAUGUGUAUUAUGCUGCAGCUUGAAAGCAAAUACAGGGUAAAGGAGGAGGAUGGAGAGGGUGCCAUAUUGUCAGUAAGUGGAAGUGCUCCUCUCUUUUCAAAAGACAGAAGGGGUCUUUUCUGUAGUCUCUUACUGUUUAGUGGUUUAUGUACUGCAUACUGCAUUUAAGAGUGGUAAAAGAGCAAGAGCAGUCUAAGAAAACUUAAAUCUGGUUUGUCCAUGCAGAGCAAAAUGACAGUUCACACCUUUAUUAGCACAAGGUGCAGAAGAGAGAGUAGCUACAGUUCUCACCUUGGCCUGUUAGAAAGGGAGAGGAGCUAACACAAACUGAGAACAUGACA